AAAUCGCAAUACAGACCUGUUCAAUGUCAUGUAUUGCUCGUACUAGUUUUAUUUGUAGGCCUAGUGAUAGUCUUUCUGUUUGGUUUCUGUGAACCCCAAGUCGACCAGUACAUUCCAACAAACAUGUUUAAUAUUUAAUCAAGUUUGCUUUAUGCAAGUUGGUUGUUUGGUGUCUUUGACGAAAUAUUCCGAGCAAAAGACACUGGAAGUUGUUAUGCUGAUAUAACAGUGAUUACAUCUUCGGCGCAUUAAUCGCGGUCCGUCGACUUGGACAUCAAACCAAAAUGCCUGUCAAUAUUGGCAACCUAGCCAAGGAAUACUGUUCCUUAGACAGCUGGAGGAAACGACUGCCCAUCACUCUAUGGCUACCACGGUACAAGCCCGCUUUCGUCAUCCGUGACGUCAUUGCAGGACUCACCGUUGCAAUCACCGUGAUUCCGCAGGGUAUGGCAUACGCUAGCAUUGCCAAACUCAGCAUUGAGUAUGGUCUAUACUCGUCCUUCAUGUGUUGCUUUGUCUAUGUGCUGCUGGGUACAACCAGGGAUAUGGCUAUCGGACCCACGUCAGUGAUGUCUCUACUCGUCUCGUCCUACGGGCAAGUCUCGGCCGUCAACCCGGAUCACAACGACCACGUCUACGCCGUUAUUCUAGCAUUCUUCGUGGGGAUAGUGCAAUUUUCAAUCGGGCUGUUCCAUUUAGGUUCCUUAACUUCCUUCAUCUCUUCGGCCGUGGUCAGUAGUUUCACGUCCGCAUCCGCCAUCAUAGUUAUCGUUGACCAGCUUCGAGUUAUACUGGGAUUGACAUUCGAGUCGAGCAGUUUCAUCCAGAAUUUCAUCGAGACCCUUGUGAAUAUCCCCAAAACUAGACCUUGGGAUCUGCUUCUUGGCUCUGUCUGCAUGAUAGUUCUGCUCUUGUUACAGGCCCUGAAGGAUCAGAUUUUACGAUGGGAAAAGGAUGAAACUUACGAGCCCCAUAGAUUGCAGCGAUAUAUAUGGAACCUGCUCUGGCUGGUCGGAAUUGCUCGAUAUGCUAUCAUCAUCCUGUUCUCCGGAGUGACUGCGUGGAUUCUGGAGGAGACGGGGAAGUCCGAUUACAUCACACUGACCGGACCGAUCACCGAUGGUCUACCACCGUUCGCAGUGCCUGCAUUCAACACACCAGACUGGUUUGAGGUACAUGUAUAA